CUCUGAGGUUACAGUCAGAUGCUCGACUCGCUCCUUCAGGUUUCCAGCCCCCAUUUCACGCUCCCUGCACUGGGAGGGGGAAAUGAGCGAAGAAGGGGUGAACGACUGUCGCCACCGAGCAGUCACAAAAUUUGUUUGCGAAACGUUUGCCCCCUUUCUCAACAGUAGAAGGACCAGAAUUUUCAGGAGGUCACCUGCUUUCCUAGAGGUUGUUAAUGAGACGAUGGGCCCGUCUUUUGGGAACUCGGACACCGAGUCUGCCGAGGAAGAGGGGGAUGAUGUUGUGACUGUCGUAUAUGAUGGCUCCGACGACAGCAUGGACGGCCAGAGAGAAACUAACACGGAGGAUAAAGAUGAUCCCGCUCUCUCUGGGGUAGCAACGACCGUCAAAGACAGUGAUGAGGAGGAGGAGGAAGAUGAGGAGGAGGAGGAUGAAGUGGAUGAGGAUGAUGACAGCGAUGAGGAAUGGGUCAUGAAGUCCAAGAAGUUUUGGUCUCCACUUGGGGCAGCGGAAGGUCCUGCUGCUGCGUCAUCGGAGCGGUCUGAAGCCAGCAGAGAGGCGGAACACGAGCCCCCCAUGGUGUGGUGCAACAACUGCAACACCGAGUUCACGCGCAGCUGCUACAGGCUGCGCCACAAACGCAUCUACGGCUGCAUCCAGUGUGGCACCAAGGACGACGCCAACACCACAACCACCAGCACCGCUGGCAACUCGGACGCCAACACUCCAAAUAGCAACCAGGACGUCACCAACACCACAACCACCACCAGCACCGCUGGCAACCCAGACGCCAACACUCCAAAUAGCAACCAGGAUGUCGCCAACACCACUACCACCACCAGUGCUGGCAACCCAGAGUCGAACAACCAAGAAAUCACCACAAACACCACCACUAGAAAUGCAGAGCACGGGGCACUAAACUUCCAGGACCUGGCUGUGUGCUUCGGCGACCUGCACAGUUUCCAGAAGCACGCACGGCAUUGCCACGGCAUCAAGGAGUUUCGGGACCCCUGCCCAGACUGCGGCAAGUUCAUCACCUUAAGGAACAAGGUCAGUGGUGGCCCCCCACACAUCUGCGAGCACAAGGCCCGGCCCAACUCCUGUCUGGUGUGCGGAAAGGGUUUCGCCAGCCAGAAGGGCCUGCUCAGUCACAUGACCUGGGUUCACCUGAAAGGCAAGCCCAACAUAGUGCGCUGCAACUACUGCCUCAAGCGCUUCACUUUCCGGAAGCAGAAGAUCGAGCACGAGAAGGUCCACCAGAACGAAGAGCUGAAGUUCUCCUGUCCUCACUGUCCACUGCGGUUCCCAGACUGCUACGCGCGGAGCGCGCACAGGAAGACGCACCGCGUGUUCAACACGUUCACGUGCAAGGUCUGUAACAGGACCUUCAAACAGGCCUGCAAGCUGGAGCGCCACAUGGCCGUCCACACGGGACUGAAGCCCUACACCUGCAAACUGUGCGACCGCUCCUUCAACCAGUCAGGCCAUCUCAAGUCCCACAUGCGUGUCCACACGGGGGAGAGACCCUUCAAGUGCCAGGACUGUGGGCAGUGCUUCAACCACAACGUCAGCCUCAAGAACCACAUCCAGCGUAAGCACAAACCCCGAGCCGGGGAGUGGACCUCGGGCGAGGAGGAAGACCGAGGAGACCUGGGGUCUGGACUGAAUUGAACGCCGUGUGACUGAACUGGAGAGUCCAGAGCGCUCCACUGUUUAAAUGUGAAGGAUAGGGUCAGACUGACCAAGAGGUGCCUUGCAGUGCAGUAGGUCUCGUCAGUGUGUUUAUAGGGCCUUUUAAAGCACCAGUGUCACGAAACAUGGCUUCGUGUCUCUGAAGGGUAGUAAUAUUCUGGGGCGUGUUUCCCAAAGCCAUAGUUGCUAACUAAGUAAGCAACUUUGUUGGUGGCACUGCAAUUUCCCAUAGCCAACCAACUAAGUUGCUAACAGGUUAGCAACUAUGGUUUUGGGAAACGCACCCCUGACUGAAUGGGGGUACCUCAUGUUUGAAGGGUAGUAGUAGUCUGACUGAAUAUGGGAUGCCUUCCUGUGAAGGGUAGUAGUAUUCUGACUGAUUAGGACAGAUCCUGAAUCAGAGCCACGAUGAAGAACCAUUCAUUCAGAUGCAAAUAUGGGGUAAACUAAUGGACUGUACAGCUGGGAGUUUUGUGAGGAGAAAGGGACAUUAAAAAGAUUGGUUCUCAUGUUUUUCAUUGUACAUAGAACAUAUGCCUGUCUAGUUCAUUAUUGCGCCUCAAGUGCCUGAUGUAUAGAGAUGACAUUGGUGUUUCUACAACAUAAUUGUGUAAAAUGUUUUCAUGUUUUUUGAUACUAUUUAAAAUAAGAGUUUAUAUUGA